GUAUGCGCUGUGCAAGUUGCGCACAUCCCGUAGCGGUUUUGAUAAUGGCGUCUGUCUCCGAGAUGCGCUCGGCUUUGGAAAAAUGAAGCGUAGAAGAGUCUAUUUUCAGUGAUUCACGCGGGGUUUCCAUUUCGCGGACUUUGCCUCUCUAUCCUCGCGGCAAGUUCAGGUUCCGAUCUCAGUCGUGACACCCAGCCCGAGAUGAUGAAGCUCAAGUCGAACCAAACGCGCACCUAUGAUGGAGACGGGUACAAGAAGCGGGCCGCCUGCCUGUGCUUCAGGAACGAGACCGAGCAGGAGGUGUUAUUGGUGAGCAGCAGCAGACAUCCAGACAAAUGGAUCGUUCCUGGAGGAGGAAUGGAGCCCGAGGAAGAGCCCAGCGUCGCUGCUGCCCGAGAAGUCUGUGAAGAGGCUGGUGUCAAGGGCACUUUAGGAAGACUAGUAGGAAUAUUUGAGAAUCGAGAUAGGAAACACAGAACGUAUGUCUACGUUCUCAUUGUUACCGAAGUUCUGGAAGAUUGGGAGGAUUCAGUAAACAUUGGGAGAAAACGGGAAUGGUUCAAAAUUGACGAUGCCAUAGAAGUAUUGCAGUGUCACAAACCAGUACAGGCCACUUACUUCACGGCUCUACAGGAAGGCUGUCUGAACAGUAACGGGACGCCCCUGGUGGCAACGAUAGGCGGAGAUAUGUCGCCCACCUACAGCAUUAAUCAGAGCUCCGUCUCUGAUAUCAGAUAACUAAUGCAAAACACAGACACUCCGGAUGCUUCCACCACUCUUGCUCUUACUUUCAUUAUUCUGUUCUUAUUUGGAUUCUUUUUCUUUAAAAAAAAAAGACACAAAAACAACGGUUUGCCAAGGCUUUUUGAGCUCCAAGAAGGUGGCAAAGGAGUGUUGGUUGAAUAUUCAAAACGAUGUUUUGUAAAUGUAAUACUUUUGCUUUUCCCUGUUUAAUUCUCCUUUCAUGCGGACUGUUGAAUGAAACCCAUGACCCACGUCCUUUUAGCGGCCCAAGUGUGUGAUUAAACGAAUGCAAGAACUACUUUUUACUGUUGUGAUGUAAAAAUAUACACAUGGUGCGUCAGCAUGUGGCUUUCAGUAUUUUUACACUUUGGAUUUCCUCUGCGUGUGUAUGUGUGAACGAGUUUUUCAUUGGUUCUAUUUCCGCUGUUGUGAGGGAAAGCGUUUAGUCGUGUGAAUGGUGGAACUGUGAGAACUUGAUAGUUUUGCAUGAACACUGGUAUUUAUUUGUCUAAUGAGUUUGUGUGAUGCGAUGAAUGUUUAACCUGUACUUCGUGUUAAAUUGUUGCUCUUAACUUAACCAUUUUUUUUUGUCUUGCCAUCUUGUAAAUAACUUAUGGGCCUCCAAAAAACACAUUUAAUUUAUUCUAGUACCUGAUUAGACUGGAGCGUAAUUCUACAAGCGCACACUUUUUAAUUCAGAACAUUUUUUUCCAAAUAGCUGAUGUUUGAAGGACUUUGAAUUUAAUAUUGUAAAAUCUACAAUGAAUCCUGUGUGUAAUUUUGUGCCACUAGCAGCACCAAUUAAUUGCAACUGAAUUGUUCGGACAUUAUUUUUGCAGUUCUGUUUGGUGAUGCAGAAACGAACACUUCCCCUAAGCGAACUGUGAUAUAAUGGCGGUAUGAUUUUGUGCUGUUAGGGUUAUCUGUAGCACUUUUUAAAGUCAGCAUGGAAACAAAAUUUACUUUUUAAUACACUUGCCUGGUUUCAUCAGUGCACCAUAUUGUGCCGGCACAAUUUGACUGCAAACCCAUUCUGGUAUGAAUUAUGAAACGCUUUUCAUGAUCUAAUCACUUCCAGAUUUAUUUUAUUCCUCGCCAUAUGUAAGUAAAAUGGGUUGUGCAUACAAUGUUGACUUCAAGAAGUGCCACAGUAGAUAGAAUGGCCAAUGAAAUCGAGUAGCUUGGAAAUCCUACACAAGAAGAUACUUCAAUUUUCAAUGCAAUUUGGCAAUCUCAAAUCUCUGUGAACCACAUCUUUUUACUUUUUUUAAUGUGCUUAAUGUAUUAUUGAGCAUGACUAAUUUCAGUUCAUGUUAUUCCAUGUGGAAAAAAAAUGCCAUCAAGAAUGAGCAAUUGAUCUUCUGAAAAAAUUAAGCCAUUUUUCUUUUCUUAUGGAAUAUACUGUUUCGCUCUGAAAUACAUCACAUUAAGGAAGUAAAACGGUUUUAUGUUCAUUUUAGCUAUUAGCAGAUGUUUACAUUUUGUUAAUACCGUAACGGCUCUCAGAUGACACCUAAAGAGCUAUUUGAAUGAAGAUGUUUAUAUAGUUUAUUAUUUUUAGUUUAAUUCAAUGUGCAUACAUACAAAACUAGCUCUAGUGUGCACUAGCAGCGUACAUACAAGACACAUUUCACAUCAUGUUUUUGAGGGCACUUUUGACAGAUCUUCAGUAGACCCCUGAAAUUGUUUAAUUUUCUAUUAGUAGAUUUGGCCAUUUAAUAUUAUUGUGACAACAAUUGUUUUCUGGCCUUUAUCUUGGAUUUUGAGAUUUUUGGUGGUUUAAACCUCCUUUAGAAGUGACCACAUCUUCAUCUACAACUUAUUAACUGCUUAACAUCGCGAGAUUUUGAUCAACAUGCACAGAUUGUUUUAGUAUAUAAAAAAAGUUUUAACAUCUUCUCUUCUUUUGAAAUGCCGCUCUGUAAAGUGCUUGGAAAGCAGCGGAUGGUAAAAUACUGUGAAUCUUGAGCCACUGUAGUUAGAAAGAUGUUUUGGUGUCUUUUCAUUGCUCUUGUACAGAUAAAAGGCAAAACGUCAAAUUUCGAGUGCUUGUAAUUGCGAUGUAUAGAUAUGGUAAACGUUAGGCUGGGAGUUUUAUUUCCUCGAGACUGAACUGCAUCGUUUCGCUCCUCUAGGAGUUUUAAGUGCAUUUAUGAUGCAAGGUCCUUAUUAAGUACAUUUCUGAUUUAAGAUUUCAUCUUUGUAUUGUUAGUCUGACUGCAAAGUGAGUAAUGAACCCAAGAUUUAACAAGUGAAUGAACAUACAUUUCUCAAUGAUUUACAUUUACAUGCCUUUGAUAUCUAUCAACACUAAUGUCAUCGAUUUUGCAGCUGAUUGCAAGUCUUUCUCUUUCACUUUUAGUGUAGCAUGUAUUACUUAAUCUGGACUGUUUUUUGAUUGAUAUAUGUGAUGAUGGCCAUACUAAUGUACCCCUCGUUUUCGACGGCACAACAGCAUAUAAAAGAACAACUUCUGUAUUGAGUGGAAGUGGUCCAAACCACCUUUAGCUGACAUCAGUGCUGUGAAUGGCCUUCUCUGAGCACACUCAUGCUACAAAACAAGGAUGAGAGAUCUUAACUGCUGCAUUUGAAGUACAAAACCAUGUGAAAUACUCAUAUCCUUUGAAGAAAAUCUCACGGGAAGCACCUUAAAUUUGCCCUGCUUGUGACUCUGAAUGUAAACUUUAGUAGAUUGCAUUUUAUUUGGCCACAUGAAUAAAGAGUUCGCACUGGUAUACGUGAUGUAAUUGGUCCAAAUGGGAUGUUGUAAUUAUGACUGAAAUCUCCCAACGCUUCAAAACAAAAGCUGUGACCAUUUUUAGUUCCACAGCUGUACGCUUCACUGGAAUAUUUUGCUUUUUCAUUUUGGGAUUGUGAAAUCAACCAGUAUGAGAAUGUAAUAUAAAUGUGCCAACUAAUAAACACCAGUAUUUCACCUCAA